AUAUUUUAAAAAAAAAAAAAGAUCACCCUGCCCAUCUGACAUGGCUCAGUGGUUGAGCAUUGACCUAUAAUUCAGGAGACUGAAUAGUGAAAUGGCCCUGAUAUGGUUAUUGAGUGUGAAAUGAGACAGAUCAUUGGGACUACAGAGGUUAAAAAAUGUAGGUUAAGAAGGUUAGGAUGUUGGGUAAAUUGUUCUCGUGUUUGUUGAAGUUGUCUGGAUAAUAGUAGUAGAAAUAGGGGUAGAAAGCACAACUCAGCAAGGACCAUGAGAUGACAAUGACAUGGAAAGAUUAAGUAGCUGAAUAGCUUGAGCUUAAGUGAGUUGUGGGCAGGAGAGGCAGGAUUUGGAAGGAAGUAGCAAAGUAGAUGAGAAAGGAGUGAGUUUCCAAUAAAACUUGAUUUGGAUCCCUCAGAUCCCUGCACUGCAACUUCUUCUAUACCCUUUUCACCUUUCCAGGUGCUCCCAACCUCACCUUCCUUCCAGGGCAUUUGUGCAGAUGGUUGUCAGUUAAGGAGAAAUGUGCUUAAUGUUUUAGGAACCAGGGACAUUCGAGGAUUUCUCUGUGGACUUGACUGUGGAGGAGUGGGGUCCCCUGGACCCUGCUCAGAGGAAGCUGCACUGACCUGUGAUGCUGAAUUACAGCCACUUGGUCUCAGUGGGAGACUUGAAUGAAAAUUCUUUGGAGAAUCUUCAAGAGAAAGAACUUAGGGAUCUAUUACAUGAAGAGCUUUUCUGCUGGCUAACUUGGGAAGAGAUGGCCAGUACCGUAACUGGGAGUCAGGAUUACAUUGCCAAUCUUCAAGGAGAAGUGUACAGGGGCCCUCAACUAGAUCUUUCCCCUGGUCAAAAGUGGGGAGAAGCACCUUCUCACAUUUCCAGAAACAAGAGCAGUGGUGUGACACUUCAAAGUGAUGAUUUCAAAAACAUGGAAAGUGAAGAAUAUUUGUCUUUGAAAGUUCCGAGCCAAAUUGCCACACAGGUCUCCUCAGGGAUAUUUUGUAAGAAUGAGCCCCAGGAUCCUCAGGAAAGCAAAAGUCUGUUUGUAACUGGAGAAAGCACUGAGAGAAAAGUGUUAGGAGGGAAAAGUCCUCCCAUAGACCACUGUUCAGAGACCCUUCAUAUUAAACUUGUGUCUGAUGUAAUAGAACUGGUCUCACCAUUGUUCAGUGGUGAAGCAAUUUGCCAGAAUAGCCAACUGAAAGAAUCCUUGGAUCCCUUUGACUGUAACCGUAACAACAUUUAUGGUUGGAAAUCACGGGUGAUCAGUCAUCAGAGAGCUCAUACAGAAGAGCAUCCCUGUAACCAUUAUGAUUGUGGCAAAAUACCUAAUACCAGCUCAAACAGUCAUCCACGUGAGAAAAUACACACUGCAGAGAAACAAUACCGAUGCAGUUGGUGUAGUAAGGACUUCAGUGAGAGCUCAGAGCUACUACUUCAUCAGAGAGACCACAAAGAAGAAAAGCCCUACAAAUGUGAGCAGUGUGGGAAGGGCUUCGCGAGGAGCUCGAGUCUCCUCAUCCAUCAAGCUAUCCACACUGAUGAGAAACCUUAUAAGUGUGACAAGUGUGGGAAGGGCUUCACAAGGAGUUCAAGUCUGCUCAUUCAUCACGCAGUCCAUACAGGAGAGAAACCUUAUAAAUGUGACAAGUGUGGGAAGGGCUUUAGUCAGAGCUCCAAACUGCACAUCCACCAGAGAGUGCACACUGGCGAGAAGCCCUAUGAGUGUGGAGAGUGUGGAAUGAGCUUCAGUCAGCGCUCUAACCUGCACAUCCACCAGCGAGUCCACACAGGAGAGAGGCCCUACAAAUGUGGAGAGUGUGGGAAGGGCUUCAGUCAGAGUUCGAACCUUCACAUUCACAGGUGCAUACACACGGGGGAGAAGCCUUACCAGUGCUAUGAGUGUGGGAAAGGCUUCAGCCAGAGCUCAGAUCUCCGCAUUCAUCACAGAGUUCACACUGGGGAGAAGCCCUAUCACUGCGGCAAGUGUGGGAAGGGAUUUAGCCAGAGCUCCAAACUCCUCAUCCACCAGAGAGUACAUACAGGAGAAAAGCCCUAUGAAUGCAGCAAGUGUGGGAAGGGCUUCAGCCAGAGCUCCAACCUCCACAUCCACCAGCGGGUUCACAGGAAAGAUCCCUGUUAACAAGCUCUUUAAUUAUAUGCUUGUACUCUGUAAAUGCUUAAAUAUUUUUAACAUCAUUCUUACCUUUAUAUUCGGUGAAGAAAGAUAAUGAGUUAUUAAAAUAUGUUCCUUCACUGAAAAUCAUUCAUUUAAAGUGUUUAAGUGCCAAGAACUUUGUUAUGCUAUACAAUGAAUUACUUGUUCUAGUUCCUUAGAUGGGUAGAGUGAAAAUAUCUGUACACUGUAGUUCAGCCAGUGUUACUAGAACUAUAUACCCUACCCAACAUUUAUAACUGCAAGGACAUUACAUUUAUCCAAGCACAACAUGUUUCCCUUUGUUCUCACAAUCUCUGAGAAAUGGGAACACUGAUUUCUCUUCAAAUCAUGUGCCUUGUAUUUGUCAUAUUUCUUUCCAGCCUGAGUAGCCCUGAAUAAACUAUAAUUGUAUAAUAUAUUGGUUUUAAGCCAAGGGGUGUUUGGCUUAAUCAUGAUGGACAUAUAAUGGGCAUGGAAAUUUGUUGUAUUUAUUGCAAAAAUGUACAACAGUCUAUGGCCACACAACAAGAAGGUGGAGAAGAGCUCCUUGUGUAGUACAACCCAUACACCAUUUUAGGGGAUGUUGAAACCCCCCUUCCCACAAAGCAGCAGCUCAGGAGCAUGAAUACUGUAGUUCUUUUCCAUCAAUGUGGCUAGCCUAUUGAGGUUCUUCCAGAUCUCACCACUUCAUAUGACUCACCCAAAUUAAAGCUAAGUAGGUUACAUACCAUCUUGAAACAUUUCAAAUGAAAUUGAAACAUAUUUAAGUAAAUUCAGUUCUUCUCUCAACACUUUCCUCUCAUUUCCUUCAUUUUCUUGAUCACCUAUGUUGUAUACUAAGCAAAACAAAUGAGUCAGGAGAGAAAGUUUCUGAUAUUUGUCCCUUCCAGCUUACCUUGUUUUAACAUUUGAUUUACCUCAAAAAAAAGUUGUUUUUUGCAGCUUCUCUAGCCUCUUUAGACCUCACUAUAGACAUAUUUAUAAAAU